UUAUCCACAAAAUUCUCAGUUUUAGGAUUUUUCUCUCUCUUAAUUAACCUAAACUCUCUCUCUCUCUCUCUCUCUCUCUCUGUUGGAUCCUCUCGAUUUCGGAACCCUAAAGCCCCAAUCCCUCGAUUUUCCACCCAUCACAUCGCCGCCGCCGCCGCUGAAGGAUCAAUCCCCCUGAGGAUAUUAUGAACUAUUGAAUCUUGAAAGUGCUUUUGCAAAAUCUUUGAGUUGGUCGUGUGGUGUAAACUGUAUAUGCCAGUUGCGACAUUCAAUCUUACGCAAAUGGAUUCAUCAGAUAGCAGCAAAGCAUCCACCUCCAUGCCAGUUAACAUGGCAACACAUAUGCUCUCAUCGGCAAGCAGACAGUCGGCUCAGAUGGAUUUGCUGCCGAGAUUUUACUCCCCUAUCCCUGUUAGUGUUGCUCCGUAUCCAUAUCAGUCAGCCUUCUCCAGUGAACAGGCGACACAGAUGGGUCUUCUGUCGAAUAUUCAAGCUCCAACAUCGGGUUAUAUGGGAUCAUACCUACCACAGUUUUCAUCAGCAAGUGGCUUGCCUUCUCUGAUCAGGGGCAUACCUACGACCGUUAAUUCUGGAUCACAAGUCUCAACUUCUAAGAAAAGGCCAGCACAGAGGCAAGCACCUGCCAAGGGACAAAAUUUGGUGGCUAUUAAUCAGGGGUCUCAGCAGUUGUCUUCAACAAACAAGCGCACAACACAGAUGGUGCAACCAUCGAAGGUCCAAACGGAGUCAUUUGAAUCUGUGAGGUCUAAACUUAGGGAAUCACUGGCGGCCUCAUUGGCCAUCGGUCCUGACCAGCAGAACAAACAACAAAUUGCGGAAAAGGGCUCACCUAAAGAGGCAGUGAUUACAACAUCACAGGCAGAAGCCGGCAUUGGAUCUAUUGAAUUAGCUUCAAAUGCUUCUGCUUCUGAAACUUCUCAUGAGAUUUUGGUCUCCAAUGAACAGAAGUGUAAUGGAAGCCAAGAUGUACCUAGGGAGGUGGAUCAUAAUGGAAUUACAAGUGAACCAAUGGAAACAGGGAAACCUGAUGUGAAGGAAGAUCAAACAACUCAGACUAGCUUAGAAAACGAAACACCUUUUUGCUCUGUUGGUGAUGAGCUUUUGCUAGGGCAUGGUCUCUGCUGGGCAUCUGAAGUUGAUGCUGAAAAUUCUGAAACUAUUAUCGAGCAAGACGUUAAAAGACCUAAAAUGUCACAUGAGCUUGAGCAAGUAACUGAAAGACCUAAAUUAGUAGAUGACAAAGUAACUGAAACAACUAAAUCAUCAGAAGAGGAAGUAACUGGUGAUUCAAAAGAGACAAUACUUAAAAAUGCAGAACGUUUAGCAAUUAGAAUUGAAGCAGAACUCUUUAAAUUAUUCGGAGGGGUUAACAAAAAAUACAAAGAAAAGGCAAGAUCUCUUUUAUUCAAUCUUAAAGAUCGUAACAAUCCAGAGUUGAGGGAAAGGGUAUUAUCGGGCGAUAUUGCACCAGAUCGUCUCUGUUCUAUGACUGCCGAGGAACUUGCUUCAAAAGAACUUUCAGAGUGGCGACUAGCCAAAGCUGAAGAGCUUGCACAGAUGGUGGUUUUACCGGAUACAGAAGUAGAUAUGAGACGAUUGGUCAAAAAAACUCAUAAAGGGGAGUUUCAGGUAGUAGAACUCGAACAGGAUGAUAGUAUUUCAAUGGAGGUUGCAGUUGGGGAAAGUGUACGUUCUCGUAUUCCAGCAAAAGCUAAUGAUGUUCAAACUCAACCAAAAUCUGAAGAGAAUAAGGUCGGCGCUAAGCCCCAUGAAACAAAGGCAUCUGAAGCCUCAUCUUUACUGGAAAAGGAUGAUUCAGGUGACCAAAAGGACGCAAGAAACAUGAACACAAUUUUGAAUGAAAAAUCAGAUUUUAUGCAAGAUUUGAUGGUGGAUGAAUUGAAAGAUACUGAGUUUCUUCCUCCCAUAGUUUCUCUAGAUGAGUUUAUGCAAGCUCUUGAUACUGAACCUCCCUUCGACAAUUUAUCAGUGGCCACAGAGUUAUCUGAAAAGAGCUCAGAUAAUUCGGAGACUGAGAUGGAUCCUGAAUCAAACAGCAUGCAACCCAACGUAGAUCCGACACCAGCAAAAUUAACAUCCAAGUUGGAUUCACCAGAAGAUGUAUCUGGUAUUAAGGCACCUCAAUCUGACACUGAUUCAAAAGAUCCUAAAGAGAUUGCCACGAGUAACAGUGGAAAAGUGGAUGCCAUUUCUAGACCAGAUGGUGAUGUGAAAUCUAUUUCUGUUCAUGUUGAACCAGAUACAUGCAUUCCUGAUGCUAGAUCAAGGAGUGACAAUAUUUGGGAAGGCUUACUUCAGUUGAAUAUUUCUACAGUAGCUACAGUAAUCGGCUCGUAUAGAAGUGGUGAGAAGACAUCUACACAGGAAUGGCCUUCAGUUAUUGAGAUCAAGGGAAGAGUUAGACUAGACCCUUUUGAGAAGUUUCUGCACGACCUUCCUCUCUCUCGAAGCCGUGCAAUAAUGAUUGUCCAGUUCUGUUGGAAGGAGGGGACUCAUGAAAGCGGCCGGUUGAAUGUCUGCGAGACAGCAAACUCAUACAUUGCAGAUCAAAGACUAGGCUUUGCUGAGCCAACCCCAGGGGUGGAACUGUAUUUUUGCCCUCCUCACCCCAAAACCACCGAAAUGCUUGAGAGGCAUCUCCCCAAGGAUCAAACUGAGCCUCUUUCCUCUGUCGUUAACGGCCUUAUUGGUGUUGUUGUAUGGCGAAGGGCUCAUGUAACUACUAUAUCACCUAGGCUAUCCUCACACCAUAAACACAGCACAAGCACAAAGAAACAUUCUAGUUCAAGAAGACAACAACAAAAUGUUUCAAACCCUAAAUCGUCUACCUACUCAAAAACUCAACCCGAUGAACCUAUUGAUGAUGUACCUCCGGGCUUUGGCCCUGGUAGUGCGAGAGAUGAAGAUGACCUCCCUGAAUUUGAUUUUUCUCGUAGCAAUUCACAAAAGAGCACUCCAGCUCUUCCCCCACCCCCAGCUCGUCCAGCACAGCAAAUGAGGGAACUCAUUUUUAAGUAUGGUAAAGGCGACGAUGCAAAAAAACCCCUGACAGGAAUCCAAUGUUGGAACGACGAUGAUGAUGAUAUUCCAGAGUGGAAACCUGACCGCAAUAACCAACCAAUACCCCAACCUCAACAACCUCAGCAAUUACCUCCACCACCACAAUUGCCUCCUUUACCUCAACCUCAUACUAAUUACCAGCAACCAACAAUACAUCAACAACAGCAACAGCCCUUUUUUGUGAACCAGAAUGUAAUGCAACCUCAACAGCUAAUGCCAAUGCCGGUUACCCUUGCGAUGCCUCAGAUGAAUUUUAUGCAAGUGCAACAAAACUUGAACCCUAAUAUGAACAUAAAUCCCGGGUGGCAACAGGGGGCUCCACUGUGGGCCCCUCCAGCUCAAAUGCAACCGUGUCAUGUCAAUUUCAAUGGUCAGCCAAGUGGCGGUAAUAACGGGCAGUUCUAUGGUGUGCCCGUGCAGAACGGGAUGAUGGGCUGGAGACCUGAUGUGCCGAGAAACAAUGGGGUUUAGUUGUUCUCUGUGAUGUAACGAUAUAAUGAUCAUGACAGCUUUUGUUAGCUUUUGUAACUGUGAAGUUAGGUUUUUUGUAUAUAAUCUGUGUUCUCUUUUUGCA